AUGGGAAACAAGCAGACCAUUUUCACUGCUCAGCAACUGGACGCAUAUCAGGACUGCACAUACUUCACCAGAAAGGAAAUUUUAAGACUUUUCCACAGGUACCGCGAUUUGGCCCCUCAACUCGUUCCACUGGACUACACCAACCAACCAGAUGUGCGUUUGCCCUAUGAGCUGAUUGGCAGCAUGCCGGAGCUGAAGGAUAACCCUUUCAGACAGAGGAUUGCGGAGGUCUUUUCAGAGGAUGGGGAAGGAAACAUGACGUUGGACGACUUCUUGGAUAUGUUCUCAGUGCUGAGCGAAAUGGCACCAAGAGAUCUGAAGGCCUACUACGCCUUCAAAAUCUACGACUUUAACAAUGACAACUUCAUCUGUAAGUCGGAUCUGGAGAAGACUCUAAACAAGCUGACGCGGAACGAGCUGACGGAGGACGAGGUGAGGAUGGUGUGUGAGAAGGUGAUCGAUGAAGCUGAUCUGGACAAUGAUGGGCGCCUGUCACUGGAGGACUUCCAGCACAUGAUAGUGAGAGCCCCUGACUUCCUCAGCACAUUCCACAUCAGAAUAUGAGCUCCAAGAACAGAUGAGGACCAAAAUGGAUCAGGGGAAAUCUGGGACUGGACGGAUAUGGAACAGUACAAGUAUUGUGGCCUAAACUACAGCUGAACUACAGCAUUCAUUUACAGUAUACAAAUGAGCCCAUAAAACCUAGCAUGUAUUUUAAUUCCCAGGAAAUGUUGACACUGAAGAAAAGUC